AUGCUCCUGCUGAUGAGGGUCAGCGGCGGUGUUCGUGUCGGGGUGUUCGGGGUGCGUGCGGUCUCCAAGUGCGCCAAAGCAGGUCAGUCCCACGGGGUCCAGGGAUAUCAUCCGGCACCACCCCACCAUCUCAACACGGCAGCGAUUGACUUCACGCCGAACGUCGUCCUCACGAGGCGACCGCUGGGGGGGAACAUCGUCGGUAGGUUACGUUGCACUGACGAUGGGGAGUUGCAAACGGCAGCAGCGGCGCCGGCCGGUGCAAACCCAUUCAACGUGCAGUCCGUGCAGCACGCAAGAAGGACGAGACCAAUUGAUACUACCUCCCCUGGGGUCUCCCUCGCAAAGCUCGCCAUGCCCUACUACCAGUUGACGAAACCGAGACUCACAACACUCGUCAUGCUCAGCGCUAUCUGCUCUUACGCUCUGUCACCACAGGCAGCGUCCCUGGGACAACUUAUCUGCCUCACAACGGGGACCCUACUCACCUCGGGUGCCGCUAACGCUAUCAACAUGGGCAGAGAGCCAGAUUUCGAUCGACAGAUGCUCAGGACUCAGGCUCGACCCGUCGUACGUGGACUUGUGUCCCCAAAGCAGGCGUACGCCUUCUCCUGCUUAAUAGGUCUCGCUGGAACGGCGACACUCUACUACGGAGUGAACCCUACUGUUGCUCUGCUUGCAGCGGCAAACAUCCCCCUGUACGCAUGGCUGUACACCUCUUUGAAGCGCGUCAGCAUCGUCAACACAUGGGUAGGCGCCCUCGUUGGUGCGAUCCCACCGCUCAUGGGGUGGGCUGCAGCGUCGUCCCUCGAGGACCCUGCAGCUUGGUGUCUCGCCGCUUUACUCUACUGUUGGCAGUUCCCACACUUCAACGCCCUCUCACAUAGCGUCCGAAUGCAGUACAGGAACGCAGGGUACCGUAUGACCGCGUGGGUCAACCCAAGACUCAAUGCCCGCGUCGCUCUCAGGUACGCUCUGCUCAUGUUCCCCAUAUGUGCGAUGCUAGCAUACUUGGGGGUCACAGACAAGUACUACGUUUGGGACUCAGCGGUGCCCAACGCAUGGCUCGCAUACUGGUGCUUCAAGUUCUAUUGGCAGCAAAGACGCAACUACUCAGCGGAUGUCCUUGGUGACCGCAAUAAGUUCACCGCGGGGGUCCAACUCGCCAACACGUAUGCUAGAAGGACAAUGCUAGCAAGUGUUUUGCAACUCCCGGCGGUGUUCCUCCUAGCGAUCCUACACAAGCGCGGGAGGUGGGACUUCCUCUGGUCGCGGGACGACCGUCCGAUGAAACCUUAG